CAUCAAAUGAUGAUUUUAUAUGUUCAAUAUCAGAAUUUACGAAAUUGACAAAACCCGUGAAUGUUGUGGGUCCAGGAAUGAGGAAGGAAUUUAUUGUUGCUGACGGAGGUUUCCAUUCGGCAGGAUGAGUACUUACCAUACCAUACUAAGCCUAUAUUAAUAUCAGAUGUGACAAAUUACAUCGCAAAUUCUCAGUCAGGGCAUGGACAAUAUUGACCUAAUUGAUAACUCUAUGACCUAGUUUGUUGUCGGAUUUUUGCCGUGAAGAUGUGAAUGGGCUCCGCUGUGUCUAAGGAAAUGCCCCUCCUUCUCCAUAUACGUCCCCUUUGUUACCGAACGACGACCACGACACUGUUGCUUAUUCUUGGGUAAAAGUAGUGAAUUUAACUAUUCUCUGGUAUACCGGUACAAUUGUCUUAAUCUAAGCAAUUACAUCAAGUAUCUCAUCUACACUUGACACGAAAUGAAAAUAAUCAUUUAUUUAUUUAUUUUUGAUAUAGGCCGGCCUCAUGCUGGGUCAUGAUAAAUGGUGUGAGAUCCGUUAUCCCAAGCAUGGCAAAGGCACACAUUGUCCGACAUCGGGAGCUAUUGUUGUCCAACAAAUAAAUUCGGCUACAAUUGCGAUUACACCUGCCACUGUAAAUAUGAUGUUCAGUGCAACUCCACGACUGGGGCGUGUCCUUCUGGCUGCGCACCCGACUGGUAUGGGGAGUACUGUCAACUCGGGAAUGCGGCAAAAGGCAUGCCAACAAAACAAAAGUCCACAUUAGCCGACUUUACCCCUUCCAGUGCGGCCGUGGACGGUAGCACUUCCACAACUUGGACGAGUUGUACCCAGACAAAGGCUGAUGAUGACAUCCCGUGGUGGAGGGUCGACAUGGGAAGGGAAUUCGUCCUCUUCAAAGUCAUGCUGUACAAUCGUAACUGUGCCGGAAAGUGUGGACAAACGUUACAGAACUUCAUAAUCUGGGUGUCCAAUGUAGACAACCCUGACAUAGCCCAGGGCACCGGUGUCUGCAACAGCUAUCCCGGUAUGGUCGCGAACGGCGAGACAGCUGAAAUCACCUGCAACAAGCCAGUAAUUGGACGAUAUCUCUUCGUAAAGAUAAUGAUGACAGGGACGCUGGCUCUUUGUGAGGUUAAAACAUGGGCUUAUCAGUUUAGAAAAUGUCCGACAGGCUUCUACGGUCCAAAUUGCAACUAUCAAUGUCAGUGUGCCAACAGCAAGGGUUGUGGAGUAGAAGCUGGGAAAUGUUCUCAGAGCUGUAAAGUUGGUUAUACGGGACCCUACUGCAACAUAGAAAUACCGACAGUGUCAAAGCUGGGCCCUUCAGACGAUUCAUCAAUAAUGGUUAAGUGGCCUGUCAAAAGAGCUCAAACGAAUGCCCCAAAUUACGGCCAGGUCCAGAGAUACCGUCUUCAGUAUAAGAAAAACGAUGGCACCUUCCGCUGGUUUGACCAUAACGAUGAAAUGGUCGUCCUCCCAACCAGCACGUGGUUUAGUCUAAAUGUGACUGGUCUGGAGGGGCACACAGAAUACAGCUUCCGGUUAGUUGUGCAGUACAAAGGAUCGACUGAUGGCGUGAAUUUGUGGGGUCCCCCAGGACCAUCGAGCAAUCUCUGGACUCGCUGUGGGGCUCCAGCGGAGGGUCCGAGCAUAAUUAGCAUAAAGCCAGGAAAAUUGUUCAACAGCACAAUCAUUACUAUCAAGGAGAUUCCUAAAAGUAAGGCGAACUGCCAGAGCAUCACAUUUUACGCCAUUCAUUACAAACUGAUGGGUCCGAAGUCUGCACGUUGGAACAAUCAUGAGACCAGUUCACCAGUAACAUCUGUCAAAGGACUCCACGUGAACGCCAACUACUCAUUUAUCGUGGCUGUGAUCAAUAGUGGUGGGCUCAGAAAGAAUGGGACAGUAGCUUAUUUCAUAAUACCAAAAGGUUAUAAAUUUGAUCCAAUCAUCCUUGGCAUUUGUAUCACUUGUGCCAUUCUUUUGAUCAUCGUUAUCGUUAUUGGAAUACUGGUGUACCAAAUGGUCAGGAAGCGACGAAGAAAAACGAUUGUUGAGACUGAUACAGAACCAGCAAACGUCCCGUUGUCGCUGAUCAUGCCAGGUGCCAGGGGAAAUAACACUGAAGACAAUUUGACCGACAGCGUGCGUCACUUACUUCCCCAACGAAAGGAGAACGUUGUCCGUUCGGAAAUCCAUGAGAACUACGACGUGAAAUCAAAGGCAUUCUAUGACAUGCCUGUUGCAGACUUAUUGAGUAUUGUAAUGGCGAAAAAAUCCAAUCAUGCAAUCGAACUGAAGGCUGAAUUUAAGACAUUUCCUGAGAAAUUGACAGACGCUCACACUGUUGCUGAGAGCAAGAUCAACAUGAAAAAGAAUAGAUUUCGGAACAUUGUGCCCUACGACCACACCCGUGUUGUUCUAGAUCCGAUCGACAGUGUCCCAUCUUCAGAUUACAUCAAUGCAAGCUAUGUAGAGAGCUAUGAGAAACAAUUGAAAUUCAUCGCCGCUCAAGGACCACUAGCAAAUACCAUUAAUGAUUUCUGGAGACUUAUUUGGCAGGAGAAAUGUGCUACAAUUGCUAUGGUCUCCAACUACGUGGAAAUGGGAAAGCUUAAAUGUGUGCGAUAUCUUCCGUCCGAAUCUCAACCAGUGGAAGUUAAUGGCGAGAUAACUGUGACACUGAUAAAUAUGAAUCGACUACCAAACUUUACCAUGACCACGUUAGAAGCCAAAAAGGGUGACGAGAAAAGAAACAUUCAUCAUUUUCAUUUUACCACUUGGCCUGAUCACGGGGCGCCGAAGUUCGCAUCUUCGAUGGUAGAAUUCUGGAGACGAGUGUCAUCCACUGCAAGCCAGCAGAGUGACACAGCUGUUUUAGUGCACUGCAGCGCUGGUAUCGGGCGUACUGGGACAUUCCUUGCCAUAGAUUACUUAUUCCGCCAAGGAGAGGCCGAGGAUAAGGUCAAUGCGCAUGAGUGUAUCCUAGAAAUGAGGAAAUUUCGGACAAAUAUGGUGCAGACACCGGAUCAGUAUAUUUUCAUCCAUGAGGCGUUGGUGCAAUACUUCAACGUGGGACGGACCGCCAUCUUGUGCUCGACAUUUCUUGAUGAGUACCGGAAGCUGUCAUCACCAGAAGAGCCUGGCAGACGGAGCAAGCUAAAGGAACAACACGAGCUUCUUUCCAUGUUUGACACCUUUCACGCCGAGAAGCGAUACUCCGACGCAAGAUCUCCUCAGAAUGUCCCCAAGAACCGAUCAGCCGCCAUUCUACCAGAUAAUUCGUCCUGGGCCCGUCUCUCGUCGCCGAUUGAAGGAAGAAACAAUUACAUCAAUGCAGUCCAUGUGGACGGUUUUGCUCAGAAGAACACGUUCAUCGCGACACAGUUUCCUCUUCCGAGCACAGUGGUGGACUUUUGGCGCCUGGUCUACGACCAUGAGGUUGAAACGAUAGUGACAAUGGAACCGCUCCCGGAAGGAGAACAUCAAUUCUGGCCUUCGUCGGGACAUUACCUUAAGUUCGGACCCCUGCAGAUCAAAUGUACAACAACCGAUGAAAACAACACUGAUUUCACAAUCAGAGAUUUUGCUCUUACUCUCAAGUCAACAAACCAGAAAGAACCACCGAUGAAGAAAGAGGUCCGCCAGUAUCACUUCAUGCCAUGGGCUACGAACAGCCAUGUCCCCUCAGAUGCUCAGGCUGUUGUGAAUCUGUUGUCGGCGGUCAUGGCGAGGCAGGACCGGAUGGGAGCAGGCCCCAUUCUUGUCAAUUGUCUGGACGGUGCCCUGCACAGUGGUGUUUUCUGUGCCACGCAUUGUGUGAUGGAGAAGGUUAAGAUCGAACAGGAAGUGGACAUAUUUGAGCUGUCACGGCUGAUCAGGGUCAACAGGCCACAGUUUUUACAGCAUUUUGAGCAAUAUCAGUUUAUUCACGAUGUCAUGGUGGCAUAUCUCCACGGAUUCGACACAUAUGCAAACUACAGGUGAAUCACAGAAGACAAAGGAAGAUCUAAGUCGCAGUAUACUUUUGUACAUAACCGGCAGAAGAUCUCAGACAGACCAAGGGGGGAAGUUGUUCACAGGAAUCCAUCUUUCUGCCUAUCGACCCUCAAGUUUAUAUUCCGGGAGGAGAUCUUCUGCACAUUAUCCCUGUAUCAUUACAUGUUUGCAGCUUUUCCUAGAGCAGACUUGUUCUUCAAACUGAAUCAAACGCUUUAUGUAACGAAGCCUCGUGCGAGGAACCAACGUUGUUGUGUGGAAUGCCAGCAUAAAGAUGACAAAUAGCUAACAGUCGUAUGUGGUUAGGCGUUGUCAUGGUGAUUUGGUAGUUUUGACAGGUGUUGCAUCAAGGCUUUAAGCGAUAUUCAGGAAAGAAGGUGCGUCUCGUUUGUUAUUUUGGGGUAUUUGAUAAAGAAUACACCUGCAGGAUUACUAAUGAAAAAAGAGAGAAAAGGCACGCCCUGCUCUCCUGCUUCUGCCAUAUUGUUCUCGAAAACAACCAUCAUCAAUUCUAAAUUAGGUAGUUUUGAAAGAACACAAUAGUCGGAGACCAACUAUAGGUAGUGUUAUCAACUGGAUAAAGUAUCGAUAAUUAGUGUUCAAACUGACCCAUUAAUGAUAGAUGACCGUUAUACAACCAUAGCAUGGAAGGAAAUAUUGGUCAAAUUAUAGCAUUGGUAUUUAAAGUAUUUAUAGUAGAACUUAAUGUAAGAAAGGCGCACAAUGUUUAAUUUUCAACGGUUCGCGCCAAAUUUCGGCAUUAGGGUUAUGUAGGCUAUGUUCUGUUUGUGACUUCGUCCUCAUAAUAGAAGAGUAGGCAUAUGAUAACAUUACGGAAUCACUCUCUGUGUAAAGGACUUGUUACGUCUUUCCAAGACAGACAUUACAGCAAGGGUCAAAAUCAGCCCAUCGCCCAUCAUUGAAGGAACAGGGAGUGGAACUGGAAGAACAUUUUCUCACCCAACGAAAAUUUGCCUUUGACAAAAGCAUGGCAAGAAAGAAAUCUUUGUAUUUGACAGGGAAAAUUCAUUUAUUUUUGGAAAGGUGCCCUCAAUCCCUCGGGCUAAAGGCAAAAUGACAGCUUCUCUCACUAGAAAUCCUGGUUACGCCUCCCGUUCGGCCGAAUGUUUGAAUAGGAGAAGGCAUCGCAGAAGGUAGACGGUGAUGGUACCGUACUCGAAUGUUGGGCUGUGAUACAUGUAAUUAUUUUUCUGCCAGCGCUCCACUACAUCAGAGACACCUAUAGUACCAAUUGAUGCUGGUUUCAACGGGCUCCACUACGUUGUAUCGAUUUCAUUCAUUGUGUUUGUGGAUGUUGUCCAACCCCUGGUGAAUAAUAUUCGUUGAGAGGAAUACUCGCCUUGUUAAUUAAUCUUGUGGAUUAGAGGAUUAUCGGGGUCAUUGAACAGGUUCGUAUGCUACUGUUUUCAACUGUAUCAGUUGUGUCGUUUGUUUGAUAGGAGAAUGUACCAGGGGUAAGACUUAAGAGAAUGUGUCGCCUGAAGUCUAGAUCUUAUUGUUACACCUGUUGGAUGCGGCCGCCUUGGGUCUAGUUAAAAAUAUCAGGAAUGCACUGUACAUAUAUAUAUUAUGUUUGUAAUUAGGCUACCCUGUCUUUGUGUAUAUGUAUAGAGGAGAGCUAUUUAUUACAAGUUGCCUCUUGAAGAACUGAUAUUGGUAGUGUCUCAUGAAGUUAGUUACCAUCAUGAAGGCUUGAACGGCAUGAUUGAACCUGGCUUAGUUUUCAGUACAAGUUCCUAAUCCCACAUGCUCCAUUGUCUUUUCCCAACAGUCUACAGGAUAUCCUCUGAUGCUCAGCAGCAUUCCUGGCAUCAAUAUCUGGAUGUUGCCUGAUACAGUAAUGAAUCAAUAAUGAAACAAUUGUCAAAGUUCUUCAUGGAUAUUGUGGGUGGAAAAUGCCAGGUGUUGUCACCAGUAUUUCAAAUCUUUACAAUUCCGACGGAUGUAGUUCUUCUGUGUCAGGUAAAUGAGCAGUGCGAAAAGAGGGCGAAAUACAUAUAGGUUCACUUUCAGUUUGAUUUGCCUGUUUUGUUUUUCUAAUGUGAUAUCAAAAUUGAUAUUGUAAACUGCAACACUUUUGCGGAUUUUUAUUUUUGUUAUAUGUGUUAAUUUCUGAAGAAAAAUAAUGUUACGAGAUUGAAUGUUCACUUUUUUGCAAUUUAAAUUUUCCCAAGUCUCACUUAUUCAGAAAUCCGCUAAAAUGAAACACCCACGUUAAGUUGGCAGUUUACAGUGAUAUAUAGAAGUACAGAAAAAUAAGUUACCCUGAAUUACUUGUCAUUUGGAGAGUGGUACAGUCCUUCCCUAUGUUCUUCUGCGUUGUUUUAAAAGUAAUGAGUAGUGCCAGGAUGAGUGUUUUUGCAUACCAUGUUAUUAACUCCAGUUGAAAUAAAAAUUCAUAAUAAACCA